AUGGCCUCUACAAGGCAACAUCUGACAGACAGUCUACAAUGUCCAAUCUGCAAAGAUCUUCUCACCAAGCCGAAGCUUCUACCUUGCUCACACACAUUCUGUGAAGGUUGUCUAACCAAACUCCACUCAACUCAAGCUCUGGGUGAUCGAAUAACGUGCGCUGUCUGUCGCUCUAUUGCACCUGUGUUAAACAAUAACGUAUCCAACUUUCCAACCAAUCAAAUUGCUAAGUCCCUUGCAGAAGAUUUCAAAGAUAGAUCGGACAAGAAGAGAGCGACCAAUACAGCGGGUGGCGCUUCCUCUGACCAACGUUGUACCGUGUGUGAUGCUGUUGAUCAAGGGAUUGCUACAUUCUACUGUCAGCAUUGUUCAGAAUUCCUCUGCGAUUAUUGUCUUAAGCAGCACAAAAGGUUUAAGAAGAAUGUCUUCCACGAGCUCGUUAGUGCUAGAGACAUCGCAUCAGGGGAAAUCAGAAUCCAACUUGCGUGUCCAGAACAUCCUCAAGAACUGCAGCAGUUUGUGUGUAUCACAUGUCUGGUUGGCAUCUGUUGUAGGUGUUUGGAAGUGGGUCAUCAGCCUGAAAGGCAUGAGGUCAUCGGAAUUGAAGAGUAUGAAGAGAGCCACAAAGCAGCAGUUGAUCUUUUGCAGCAAAAGAUAGAACAGAAAACUGCUGUGAUACAAAGCCAUUCGUCCUUUGUGAAGGAGCAGAUUGGCAUGGUUGAAAAUAUUAUCGGUCAACAAAGGCAAGAAAUCAAGAAUGUCUUUGAGGGCGCUGUCGAACGAAUACGACGAAGGAAAGAUCAACUGCUUGAAGAGUGCAACACCUAUCAGAGAUCGCUCUGCGAAGAUCUGGAAGGAAUCAUCCAGUGCCACGAUGACUUCCUUGAAAACCUAUCAGCCAAUGCUUCUGUAGUCACUGAAGAGUGUACUUCUCGACGCUCAGACCAGUCGUUGUCUGAGCGUGUCGCACGAGUUGGUGAGCUUGAGGCUCUCGUGAAAAGAGACAACCCGGAUGCAUCUCUUGCUGAAUCUAUAGCACGCCGUGCUAAACUCCUGACCUUCCACCUAGCUGCCGAGGGUCUUGAGCUUGGAACUGUUCGGGUCAAGAACUGGGAGCUUGAUGGUACCAUACUCUUGGCCUGUAUGGAUCACAGUAAGGCAGUGUUUAGUAUCGAGCGGUACACGAGUGAGCUCGAGUACACACAGACCCUUGUAGCUGAUCAGAAGAUGGAGAAACCAGAUGGGAAAUGGUGCUUCUUGCAGAAAGUAACGGGAGGAAAGGUCGUCCUUUGUACUCUAGAUAAGCUGUACAUUUACAGUAAACUGUUUUGGUGA